CUCUACUCUAUCAGGCAUCACAUGGACUUUCACUUGACCUGCGGCGGCUCUGAAGGCUGUACACUUUUGGGCCUUCUGUGCUGAGCUGCAGCUCUGUGAGUAAGACAGGCACGAACAUCAGACAGUGUUUAGUUUGCCACAGUUAAUAAAAACCUGGUGCAGCCAUCGUCUCUCAGGAUCAGGAGUAUUGGGCUGCUUCACUCACUCUGUGAUUCGAUGACAUGAAGAGCUUCAUUACCUCCAACUCCUCCUUCAGUGCAGAGAGAAGCAUCUCUGAAUGUUUUGAUCCAUGUUUUACACAGUUGAUUCAUAUUUCUGUUUUUCUCAAACUAUUCACUGCAGUGCAGUGAAAGCAUGCAGUUUGUUCUGCAUGUUGUAUUCAGGAAAGAUCACAGAGGGAGCAAAAUAGCAACGAAUACAACUCAUAAGACUUGAAAUAACAACAUCUGGCCUGAUGGUGGCAGUAAUGGAAACAUGAGGAUCACAGCAUCAUCAGGAUGGACCGACUGAGAGAUGAACUAAUAUGAAACAUCACAUCUAAUCUUAGACAGUUUAACAGUUUGUUUCUUUAAAGUGUAACAGAAAUAAAUCUAUAAGUAACAAAGUGACUUUUCCUUUAAUCUGAGCUGUGAACGUGUUUGUGAAAAACAAAGUUCCUCUUGUUCCAAUGCUUUAAUAUUUGAUCUCAAUAACUUUACAAAUAUAAAAACUGAACUGUGUUCUGCACAGAGGAGUUUGUGGUUUGUGUUUCUUUGCUACUUCCUUGAAGCUUCUUCCUGUACAAAAGCAGGAAGGAGGCUGGCCAGAGUGACAGCAGUGUGCGGACAGGAUGUCACUAUAGUACUGCACACCUGUUAGAGGACAGUUUAAACUCCUGCUCAGUGUCUCCGUCCUCUCAAGAUGUCCUCAGAUAUUUAUGCCAAACCAGAUCUAUCAAAGAAAGUGAGAUACAGCAGAAAGGAGGACGGAGCAGAGUGGGAGCAGAGGGAGGUGGAUAUCUACGAGAGUGCAGAUGCAGGAGGAGGACCACAGACUCAGAGUCCUCCUUCAGUCCAGAAGGGCUCUUUCAGAUGUGCUACACUGGCUCUAAGAGUGCUGUGCCUCCUGAUGUUAGCUGGGAUCAUCAUCCUGUCCAUAUGCUAUGCUUUGAACAAGAAUGAAAACAACAAAUUUCAAAUCAAACAUGAAGAAGUUCAGACUAAAUACGACAAACUGAACCACGUUUACAACGACACCAAAAAGAAUCACACUGAGCUCCAGGAUGAACUUCAAGACACAAAAACCAACCUGACUCAGUUACAGAGCAGUUAUGAUAAACUGAGUAAAAACCACAGUCAGCUACAGGAAGAAGUGAAGAAGCUGAAGGAGAAGAUAGAAGAGAAGUGUCCUGAUCGAUGGAGGAGAUUUGGAAGCAGCUGUUACUUUAAAUCCACUGAGAGGAAAACUUGGUCUGAGAGCAGGAGAGACUGUCAGGAUAAAGGAGCUGAUCUGGUGAUGAUAAACAGCAAAGAGGAACAGGUGGGUGUGUUUGUUCAUGUCUGUGUGAUCUUUGAUGGAGCUGACAGUGAGUUACAAAGUUCUUCAUACUUUCAAAUCAGAGCGAGGGACAGUUGGGAGACGCUGAUUAGAUGAUCAGAGAGGCCGGCUGCAGUGAGAAGGUCCAAGAAGCUCUGCUAUAUAAGCAGGGGCCUGUUCAUGCACAGCUUUAUAUGGUAAUAACAGGAUUUAAAAGAGGAUUCUGAAUUUGACUGUAAGCCAGUGAAGAGAAGCAAGAAUAGGUGAGAUAUGAGACUGCAGGCCAGGGUUUGUUUGCAGCCUUGCUGCUGAGUUCUGCACUAACUGCAGACCAACUAUGGAGGACUGAGAAAUGCAGGUGAAAAGUGAAUUCCAAUAAUCAGGCAGGAGAAAAUGAAAGUAUGAACUCAAAGUUCCAGAUGAUUGAAUCACAGUAAAGAUUUGAUGUUUGCAAUAUUUCUGAGGUAAAGGAAACAAGACUGGGUGACCUUUGACAUGUGAGGCUCAAAUUCAGCUGUUGGUUCAAAAUGAUCCCAAAGUCUUUAACAGGUGAUUUGAUGUUACUGGUGAGGGGGACGAUGUACUGACUGACCUCCUCAGAGAAACUGAGCCAAACAGCAGAACUUCAGUUUGAGAUGAAGGAAGUUUAAAUCCAUGAAAUGAUGACAGAGAAGCAUUCACUGAGGCCGGAGAGGCUCGACAGAAAAGUAUU